AUGUCUUACGUAUCUUCGAAGAAUAACGGCUUUGUGGAAACAAGAGAGAGUCUCGUCUACCUUUGGCGUUUCGGGCCAACAGCAGUUCUUACUCUCGUUUCCACUUUUUGGUCAAGGGUAGAGACUCAAGCUUUGAGGUUCAUGCCGUGGAUAGCCAACCGUCACGAUGACUCGCCCUAUCAGAAACUCGACGUCUACGAACUCGACUAUAAAACGAUGAUACUGCCAAACGUGCUGAUUCAGUCCCUCAGAAGAAAGCACUUUUUCGCCUUCAUUAUCUCUUUAAUAUCUAUUCAUAUCCGAAUACCAGCCGACAUCGAGAUACUUGACUCGUUUGACACGGCUAUAUCGACCACGUCAAAUGUUGAUAGCAGACCAUUCUACAUGGCACAAGCUGUCAACAAUUUCGACGUGGCAUUCCCCUUCGGCGUUAAUGAGAAUAUAUCCUACCAGACAUUCAAAGGCAGAGAUAGCUCUAGGGGCACAAUCGAUGCGUCUAUUGAGGCCACUGUCAACGGCUAUUCCACAGACACACAAUGUCUGAAGCUAAGAAAUUACUCUGACCCAGUUCAAGCUUUGAUGUUGCGUUUCGAUGGUUGCGAGCGGCAAUUGUCGAUACCCCAAGAUCUCAGCUACGGCAACGAAAGCUCAGCCCCUGCAGGAUAUUGGAUGGAAACGGAUCGGACAGUCUCCCAUCUUUACUUCGGAGGCCGCUCAACUUUGGAGGAACCAAUAUCUUGUGCAGGAUUACCCAGAGAGAAUAACCAUUCCAUAAUUUGGACUGUGCUCCUCAAUUUUACGGCAGUACUUUGUCAUUUCGAUUCUUGGGUUUCGAGAGUAAGAGUUAUCGACAAUGGCUCAAUCCCCCGCGUUGUGCCACUGGAAGGCGAAGUCAAACAUCCGGUCACUGCAGACCUUUGGAGCCUUAUCGGGACCUCAACCCCUCGUCGCAGCGAGGAAAAGUCGUUGGGCAGUGUUGAGACAAUGGUUCCAAUGAAGACUGACUUCAAUUUCUUCGGGAAUCUCCAGGAUGAUGAACGGUGGGCAAUGAAUGCUUCACUUUACACAAACGUGGUGUUUUAUCAAUCGCGUCUCCGGCAAAACAGAACGCAAUCAAUGUACAUGACUGGAAACAGAUACACCAAUGUCAGCAAGCUAGUGGUAAACAAAUUGACAUGGCCGGUCGUGGUCAUGCUGGCCUUGAUUUGUCUGAUUUUCCUCCGAUACCAGAGGAAAUAUUCAACAGCGUGGAGCAACUGCAGUUUCACUCCCUUGGCAACCUUCAUUGCCUUGGUUGUUGCGAUUGCAACGGGACUCUAUUAUUCCCUGAGCAUAUCGACGACGAGACAUGGCAUCGCAACAGUCCAUGACGAGCACGGCUAUGCAUAUCUGCUCUGGACUACUAUCCCUGCUCUUGCAAUGCUUCUCGUAGCCUUGUAUGUCAGCUCUAGCGACUCAGCAUACCGAGAAUCUCGCAUGGCUAGAGAGCUCGAUGUAUCAUUAUCGGACAUGCUUGGGCUACAGGUAAUCGGCCACUCGCUCCGAGGACAUGCCAGGAUUGUUACCUUAGCGCAGUGUCUUUCCAUCACUUGCGGAUUCUUAACAACCCUUGUUUCGGUCAUCUUCACCGUCCAGACAAUACCAGAGUUGAGCCCGAUCCUUCUACAACAAAAGACCUGGUUUGGUUCCAGCAAGAUAGAGAACUCAGAUGUCAUUAGUCAUGUGAGGCAAGUUUUGGGUGGCCUUGUUCUUCGACAAGGCGAAGGAGUUUUGGAAUACCCCAAAAACACAUUUGAUACCUUUCUCUUCCCGGCUUUCGAUAACAUCGACCAAGCUAACGCGUUGCCAAACAUUUCAGUCAGGACUAAUGUCUCAGUGGCUUAUCUACAGCCUACUUGUUGGAAAGUUCCGGCUACCGAUUACAACCUCUCAUUCCCGGAAUCGAUACAGGGUCCUCGUGCUGUCGAUGGUUUCCAUUAUUUGCCUAGCCCAAAGAUCCUCACACAGCGUGUGGGCACUAUCGACUUUUCGGAUUGGCGGAAAAUUGACUAUACAUACUAUGCCACCCGGCUACUGUCCCCGGAAAACCCAUACGACAUAAAUUCUAUCUGCGAAUUGAAUCUUCAAGAGUCCGACCUCAAGUUCGCAUCGACUAGAUUCGUCGCCGAUAUGCACAGAUGCAAGUAUACAUUUAUCUUUCGUCAUGGGGUGUUCACCAUAGGCCAAAAAAGUCCACCACGCGCCGAUAUGUCCAAGAUUCGACCAUGGAAGAUACCCUUUGACAUCCCACAUAUAGACUCACAAUUCGAAGCAUCUGGAAAAUAUGGCUCGGGGGCACUGCCAAGAUCAAUGAUGGGCUAUAACCCUGCAAUGAAUUUAGAUGAGUGGUUUUAUACGCUACUCCGGCCACUCGAUCCGAACUCAGAAGAGGAGAUUCUCAAAGACAUCCACCAUCUAUAUGGCUUCCUCGCGGCUCAAAUCGCGAAUUUCGAAUGCCGCCUUGAUAUUACUGAGGAUUCCAGAGACGGACCACCGCCAUCUCUUCCAAGUCUGGACGUAACUAUGACCGACCUUUAUCGCCACCGCCUCGUGCAGGACUCAAUAGUGGAGGGCCUAGCUCCAGAUGGAUACAGCAGCAUGGUCGCCACAAAGGCUCUACUGCAAGACUCAAACGCAAUGAACCGUCUACCCGAAGGCGCCGAACUAAUGUCCAAGGAGAACCUCCACCACCAACUAUCCGGUCUGCGAUUUCGAAUGGGUUGGUUCUGGCGCGAGAGUACGCAGACGCGGCACCACACCAUUGGCAUCCUGGAUGACGAGAACUUUGAGUUUUUGGGGAACAAGGAUGAGAUUGCGAGAGAGGAUGCGUUGUUGAGACACCCUCCUGACUGA